AUGGGAAAUAAAAUCCAAAUCCAACUCAACUCUAAAUUCUAUUUUCCAAACCAAGCCAUAUAAGGGAUUGUUAUUAUAGAGGAAUCUGAAUAUACUUUGAAGGAGAUCUCUAAACUGUAUGUUCAUUUGUAAGGCGAGGAAACUUGGGAAAAAGGGUUAGCAUGUGUCGAAUCAAACAAUUUUAACAUAUUCUACUCUCAAUUCAAGUUGCUAUUAGAUAUCAAUGAUGAACGGAACCCAGAGGAUUAGAAAUUGAAAAUCACAAAAACGAUUGCAAUUCCAUUCACUUAUUCAUUACCUGAUAAUCUCAUAGGUUCUAUGUAAAGAGAAAAGGAUUUCAAAUUAAGGAUUGAUUACAACAUAUCUUUGAUUGCUGAGACUUUAAAAUUAGAUCGGAUCACUCUCAAGAAACUGCCAGUCAUCAUCAACCAAAAUGCUGUUAGACAGAAUAUUGUUAAAAGUAUUUCGAAUAGUAAUGUCAUACGUGGAUAUUUAAAUAAGCCAUAAGGAAUAUCUAAAUUAGAGUGUAAAUAUAGUGGAGAAGAAUUUUCGUUUGGUGAUUAAAUUAACUUAGAAAUAAGUAUUGAUCUGAGGGAAAGCAAGCAAUACAUUUAAGAAAUAGUAAUGUCAUUAAAUAAGAGAACCACAAUUAUGGCUAAAGAACCAAAAGUUAUUGUAGAAUAAAUAUCCAAAUUGAGUUUACCAGGAGUUAUCUAAGGAAUUGUUUAAACAAUUAAAAAGUCAAUCCUGCUCUUUGAUUUUCACAACCGGAUGGAACUUUCAACAACUGGAUAAUUAAUCAAAGUGGAUUACUUAAUCAGAAUACAAGCCUAUUCAACAUUAUUCAAUAUCAAUAAUAAUGAUUUAAGAAUUGAUAUUCCUAUCAAUAUCUUCCAGAGAAUAAUCAAGUUACCCGACCUAAAGUUUGAACCCAAUUAGAUUAAGAAUCUAUCCAAGCUCUAUGAUGUCGUAAGACUUUGA